GCUUAUUUGCCCUCUAACCUCCGCGUAUGUUUGCCGCCAUUUUCGCCUAACCCUCUAAACACAUUCGUUAUGAUCGGUUAUGCUUCAAUCAUCUCCCAUCGUCUGCAUGUUACGGGGAAACAUAUAGGCCUACUUUUGGAAGGCGCCAUCGAUUUAGGAAUCUGGUCUUUCAUUACACAGGAAACCGUUAUCACAAUGAAUUGAUACAACGUAUAGGAAUAUUUUGAUGAUUUUAGCCUGAAACCUAAAACCCAUGCCUCACUCUUUUGAGGAUCUGUUCUGAAAUCUUAAAUGACCAUCAUGAUUGUUGUAAGGAGAAAGAACUCAUUUUGUACCCGCCUUCUUUUAAUAUCAUGCUUAGCUUGGGUUGCUAACUCGGAAUUAUACCCAUUUGGAACAGGAAAUGGCGACACCGCUCUCAGAAAAGAAAACGAUUUUGCCGAACGCGUGACAUUAGAUAGAGCUUUCCCUUUUGGUGGGAAAUACCAUAAUGUAGUAUACAUAGGGGACAAUGGGGUAAUCUCGUUUGAGGAUGCAAUUUACGUGGAGUCUACCAUAUCUAAAAAUAGGAAUUUACCAAUUUACUACGAUGCAGACGAGGACGGUGUUGUCGAGGACCCUGACGGAAUAUUUCCAUUUUGGGCAGACGUUGACAUAUCUAGUGACGGUGGAAACAUAUAUUAUCGCGUUUCAACCACUACGUCAACCCUCGAUCAAGCUACGACAGACGUCCGUAAUUACUUCCGGAGCAAUGUCAACUUUCAAGCUCAAGUAGUUAUUGUCGUCACAUGGGACCAAGUCUCAUUUUACAACCAAGCUGGUGACCAAGACCCUAUGAAUACUUUCCAGGCAGCGCUUAUCCACGAUGGUCAAGAGUCGUUCGUUUUUCUCAACUAUGAAACCAUCAACUGGGUAGUUGGGUCAUUGAUGCAAGGGGACGACAAUACUGGCCUUUUCGGUUCUUCCAAAAUCGGCAUUGCAAUAGUUGGGUUUCUGAUGUCAGACGGUGAGAUUUCCGAAGUUUUUGACUACGAUCAAGAUACAUUACGGGAAUUGCCUACUGACAGCAACGUAGACGUCGAUGGAGUCUACGCAUACAAGGUAGACAGCAGUUCAAUCAUUGAUCCAGUCUGCAAAACUGGACCUGGAGCAGAAUUGUCGAUCACCCCAGCCCGCUGCGGUAUGAUGGGAGGCGAAAGGAUAUACCUCUAUGGACCAUGCUGGGCGGUAGGGCGAGUCCAGACCUGCGUGUUCUCCCAUGGUGGUGAGAUCAUCCAGGAAGUCAAUGCGACGGUCCUUAACACCAACGAGGCCUAUUGCGUCCCUGACCCUUUCUUCCUCGUCGGAGAGGUGACCAUUGCAGUGGUAAAGGCCGGUGACGAACUUGCUACUUCACCCUCAACCAUAUAUUCCCUUCUUGAAAGCAGGAAAGUAACGCCUACCAUAACAAGAAGGGACCCCGAUUCUUUCAAUUGGGAUAUGGCCGACAACUCUCUUACUAUUUCUUGGGAACCAGACCAUGAAAGCUUUGGCAGCUCGGACAGCGCACUCUCGAUCUAUGUUCUAGCGUACCGCGAGGACAGUCCUGGACCGCGAUGGGAAACAGUGUAUCUGAUAACUAAUAGCACGGCAGAUGAUGGCUCGCACACGUGCACUCCAACGGCACAACCGGAAGUGACAAAAGACAAUGCAUUCGGAGUUAUCAGGAUUACUGGAAAUGCAAACGGUAGUGAACGUGUCCUAUGGAGUGACAUUCAUCCCCUGGGCUAUGUAUUGGAACAGUCUUAUCAGGAUGACCCAGUUCUGUGGGCUACAGAUAAAUGCAAUGAAUUGCUUACGGCAGACGACGCCAAAGGACCGUUUAUUGAGAACCUUCCGGCUUGUCCGUGCACCUUAGAACAGGCAACACAAGAUGUAGGGACCUUCGUCACCGACCCCGCCUGCAAUACUCUUAACCCGGAUGCAAAUUGUGUGGAAAAUGGAGGAGCCAUAUAUUGCGUUCUCAGUGCUUAUGCAAGUAGUAUUACUAUGUCCGGUACCAAAUGUUGCUACGAUGAAAACAACCUUCUCAUGCACUCUGGUGACACGAGGUACGCAGGUAUGGCAGGCCGGUCACAUAUUCAAGGAGCAAGUCCCUACAGGCAAAGAAAUCUAGUUCCAGAACUGUCCCAUUGGUCCAACGACGUCAUUGCCAAGCACUUUUGUUGUGGAUGGGCUAGUGAGAAGGAAUGCUUCGAAUACACCAAAAUCAGACCAACCAUUGAUUGUGUUGCUUACAAACCACCAACUAUAGCAUUGUCGUUUGGAGAUCCCCAUUAUAUCACAAUGGAUAGGACUAACUUCACAUUCAACGGACUCGGGGAGUACACCCUUCUUCGAUAUGCUAUGAGUGGGACUAAGACAGGUCCAUUUGACUUCGAGCUCCAGGGGCGACAGAUAAAGAUACUUGAUAUAAACGGUAGGAAAGUUGAUGCGACCCAACUAUCUUCAGUCGCCAUGCAGGACAGCGGUUCGGAUACCAUCUUUGUGGAGGCUAGCGCCAGCAGCGGUAUGGACGUUUACAGAAGGGGCACGGAAGACAAUGCCGAAUGGCAGUCGGUUUACUUUUCACAGCAGACCUUCAGAGAUUUACAAGGCUGUGCCGUGGGCGUCACAAAAUUUAAACUCGAUGUCCAGAUCCACGGUGUCGUCGUCAUGUUCAAAGAAACCGGUAUCGGCGUUGCAGUCAACUACCACGACGGAAUGCUUGCUGUACAACCAAUCCUGCCGUCGACAAUAGACAGCGAUCAUCUGUCUGGGUUGCUAGGCAACAUGGAUGGUGACCCCAGCAACGACUUGGAGGCAAGAAAUAGUAACACCCCACUCGAGGAUCCGACAGAUGAAGAGAUCUUCCAAUUUGGCCAAUCAUGGGAGAUUGAAGCAGAUUACAACCUAUUUCGAUAUGUGUCAAACAGGGACCAUUCCCACUACCACAAUACGUCAUUCGUUCCUCGUAUGAACGUAGCUCUCCCAACCAUUUACCUACCAUGUAACAACGUUUACCAAUGUCUGUUCGACUACGAGGUGUCCAAUGAUGAUGAGGACCUAGCCCUGGCAACAUUGGAUGCGUACGAGGAAUUUGAGAGCAGCUCGGAAAACAUUCGUAAAAUCGACGCAUGCCCGUAUCUGAUUACACCUUACAAUGGCACAAAGUCGUACUCGUCAGAUUCGAAUAAAUAUUUUGAAGGCGCUGAGGUUACAUUUACCUGCGAUGAGGGUCUAUUGAUGGUUGGCUCAUCCUUCAAGCGAUGUGAAUAUGACAUGGAACCGAGAAGCCUUGUAUGGACCGGAUCAGAAGGAGAUAAUGAAUGUAUAGAAUCCACAUGCGGCGUCCUGCCUACCCCUGCACAUGGUUCCAUUGCUCUAAGCGAGGAUGGCACUACAGCAUCUUUCGCCUGCCAGGAUGGUUUCACGUUGAGUGGAGCCAUGCAGUCUGUAUGCCAGGACGGGGUAUGGUCCAGUGCCGCCCCGACAUGCAUCGGUAAGCUUCCCUUUCCAGUAUGCCCUUUCCGACAUUUUUAUCAUAUAUUUCCAUUCCAUUGCAAUUAAAUGGCUGAAACCCCACCUCGGUUCAAAAAAACGUUUUUUUUGUCACGUAGGUCUAUAGCGAGCAUAAUGGUCCAGAAGUAAAAUGCUUUUGACCUUAGACGCGCAAUAUCUCUGUGCCCAUGGAUGGUGUGUGCGCGUAUGUGUUUGAGUUUAUGUUGUUGAGGGUGUGUGAGUGUGUAUGUAUGUUCUGGGUGCGUGUGUGAGGAUAACGAAAGAGAGAGAGAGGGGGGAAGCUACUUUAGAUACAACAUGACAGAAGCUAUUUUAGAUACAACAUGACAGAGUCCAAAUAUAUGGGGAGAAGAGAGGUGAAACAGCAAAUUUGUGUGUGGUUUCAUUUGUGUGAGGUGCGCGCGUGUGUGUGUGUUGUGUGUGGGGGCGGAUUGUCCGUGCUUGAAUGCCAAUAAGAGCGUGUGGGUGUAUAAGUGUGUGUCCGCAACGGUAGGCCAACUCCAUUGAGUGUGGGUGAGGAUUUGUUGGUGGUAUGUGGUUGUGAAUGUGUGCGUCUGGAGUGUAGACGUAUUUUUUUUUACUUUCUAUACAACAAAAAAGGACAAAAUAAAGCAGUAAUCACUUUCCAUAAUUGUACAGUCUAGAAAAAAAAUGCUUACAG